CAAGCGUCGCCGCGAAACAGCUUUAGAACUUUUCUGGCUGCCUACCCAAGGGUAUCCCUCCUGGCCCUUCGCAGUCCCUCCUCGCUCCCACUCCCAGCCCCAGGCAACCACUGAGGUGCUUUCUGACUAUAAAUUUGCCUUUUCUGGAUGAUCCUUAUGAAUGCGAUGGGAAACAUUUCAGAAGAACUAGAUGCUGUUAAACCUGGCCUGGUGGUGGGGCUUUCCCUCUGGCCCACAAAAUGGCGGGGGCAGAGUCAUCUCCUGAGCCUCAGUCACAAAAAUAUCAACAAAGGUAGCUGUUGACAUUCCAGAAGUCCCUACUUGGUCUUUACCUCGUCCUUCCAGCGAAAAGCCCAUUAAUGCAGAAUGGCUUCCAUAAGAAGAACCGGCCAUUCCAUGCACAAUAUUUUUGGUGAUUUUAGUGAUAUUUCCUUAGAAGAUUCAAAAAUGGAAGAAAUCAGAAACUUGAAAAUCAGUAGAAGUCUUACCAAAAUAGCACCCGGUCACAGCAGAUUUCUCAAAGGAAACCAAACUGUGGGUGUAAAACACUCCCUCCUGAAAGAGACUCCUGUUGUGGGGGGUGGGCGCAGGCCGUCCUCAGGCAGACCCCUGACCACCGCCUCGCAGCUCAGGGCCAGCGCUGCACUCACAAAGCUGGCCCAGCUGGAAACCAAGAUCAUGAAUCGGAAGGCACAGAGGGACCCGUCUGACAUGGAAUCUGACCUGAAGACCUCCGAGGACAGUCUUCCCGGGAGCACAGUGGAACUUUCUUCACGCAGCCCAGACGAGAGCCAGCAGCAAGCCCGUGAAAUGCCCAUGGCCGAGGGCUACGCACCGAGUGGGAAGGUCAGUCGGUUUCUAAAGAAGAGGGGACCACCCAUUGAAAAUCAAUUCCCUGAAGCACAUUCUGGAAAAGAGAGGAGUUUUCAAACACUCCAAGAGAAAAAACCUGCCAGAAAACUAGGUUCUCCAGACAGUGAUGAGGAGGAAAUGAAAGAGUUGCUAGGAAGCUGGAUAGAAUCUUCUAGACAGAAAGAAACCUACACAAAUCAGCGUUUCAUCAGCUCCAAAAUCAGUGAGAAAGAACGAACAAAACUAUUCUCGGAUCAGAUCCCUACUCAACCGAGGACCCUUUCACGGCCCCGUGGGGAGCGUCCCAGCCCAGAGCCAUUCCGGCCGUCGCGUCCGCCAGCCUCACAGCCAGCAGAUGGGACCCUUCGCAGCGCGCGCUCAGCAGCUCGCCCCCCACAGCCUCGCGCUUCAGGGGACACGGCCGCCCGCAUGCCGUCGCUGCCCAGCCCUGGCACCCUCUCAUCGUCAGCCUCCCUGACGCCACAUGGCAAACGCUCCUCCCCCGGAAGGAGUGAGCCUGAGCCUUGCGAUGAGUCACCCUCAGAAGCUGCCGACGACAGUCUGAACGAUUUUCGAAUCAAUCUUUUAUCCCUCGAUGAUCUGGCUCCAGCGGUCAGUGAGGACUCCGACUCGGAACAGGAAAAAGAAAGCCAGCGGGAAAGGGCAUCCAGCCCAAGUCCCCAGGCAGGGGGCCCCCCCACUGAAAGCGAGGUGUCCGAGUGCCUGAGCGAGCCGGCACCUUCCUCCGCCGGGCCUGAGGGUGCUUCCAGCCCAAGGCCAAUGUCCCAGGAGCCCACGGCCAGCACAGUGAGCCCGGCCUACUCGGAAGAUUUUGAACAGUCCCCGGAUUCGACAUCAUCCGAGUCAAGAGCCCUUUCCGAGUCUCCCGACAGGACGCUGGACACUCUGUCAGAACUCUCUGCAAGCCCCAAGGCAGACCUUUCGCCAUCAAUGCUCGAGCCUUGGAAGAAGCAGGUCAGGGACGUCACAAGAGUCGUCAUGAAGGAGAUGGCUGUGCAGACCCUCGAGCCUGCCUUCACCUACCAGUCGGCAGAGGGGGCCAGCUUGGCGGCCAUCGGGCCAGCCCUGGGAGGUGCCUAUGUGGACCCCGUGCCCAUUGCCAGUCACGUCGUCAGCGCGGACUCCAUAGAAGCCCUGACAGCUUACAGCCCGGCCGUGCUGGCACUCAACGACAUGCUGAAGCAGCAGCUGAGCCUGACGCAGCAGUUCGUGGAGGCCAGCCGGCACCUGCACGUGUCCCUCCUGCAGUCCCUGGACCAGGACUCCUUCCACUACCACACCCUGGAGGAAACCAAACAGUACAUCAGGCACCACAGGCCUGCCCCGCUGUCCGUGGAGGACGCCCUGGAGGAGGUGAAGAAGGAGCUUUGAGGACCGCAGGUGGCGGUGCUGGGGGCAAGCGGUGCCGAGCGCUCACCUGAGGGGAUCCCAGCUCCAGCCUUCUGUGGCAGAGGGGUUGGGUCCUCCCAGCCCUGCUCUCCUCCGUGCGCGCGGCCCCCGAGAGGACACCCAGGCCACCCCCGCUCACGGCAGAACGGAGGAUGCCAGCCUGUCCGGAGCCCCGCGGAGCGGCUUUACUGGCCAGGCGCUGGCCGCCCAGCGAGUGGAGACGGACGGGCGGGGCUACAAGCCCCGUGUGCCACGCAGGAGCCAGGGCCCGGUGUCCACGCCGGGCACAGCCGCUCGAGACGCCGGGGCACAGCUUCUGACCAGACUGCACGGCUCGGACAAGGUCUGCAUUCCGGGUACGCCCACUCCUGAUUCGGCUGAGCACACACCUAACUUGAACACGCUGAGAAAAAGGUCUUUAAAAAAAGUUUUUAUUUGAAGGCAAAACAGUGAAAUCCACAAGAAAUUGUUAACAGCACGCAUUUACGUUUUAUCCUGAAUCAGACACAUUUGAACAAUUCACAGCUAAGGAGAUCUAGAACAAAAUCAAAUAUUUUAUCACAUCAGGUUGAAAAGUUGGAGAGAACUUUGCAUCUUAUUGAAAAGAAUUUUUCAAAAAUGUUUCUGUACAAAUAAACGGCACCGCACGAGCUGCCCAAAGACA